AUGACCACCGUCUGCAAUGACAGCCAUGGUGAUUUCAUUCUCCUGGGCUUCUCUGACAAGCCAUAUUUAGAGAAGACACUUUUUUGGAUUAUUUUGAUUUUUUACUGCUUGACCAUUGCAGGAAAUAUAGUGAUAGUCCUUGUCUCCAUGAAGGAUCCCAAACUCCAUAUCCCUAUGUAUUUCUGUAAUCUUUCUGUGCUAGAUCUCUGCUUCACCAGCAGCUGUGUUCCACAAAUGUUGAUUAAUUUCUGGGGUCCAGAGAAAACUAUCAGCUACACUGGCUGUGCCAUUCAACUCUAUGUCUUCAUGUGGCUUGGGACCACUGAAUGUGUUCUUCUUGUCAUUAUGGCUGUGGACCGCUAUGUCGCAGUGUGUCGCCCACUGCAGUAUACCACUGUCAUGCACUCAAGGGUUUGUCUGCAACUGGCUCUCUUGGCAUGGGGGACUGGCCUGCUCCAGUCUCUGAUCCAGGCCCCUGCCACACUCCAGUUACCCUUCUGUUCCCUCCGGAUUGUAGACGACAUUGUGUGUGAAGUGCCAGCACUUAUUCAGCUGUCUAGUACAGACACAACCUACAAUGAAAUCCAGAUGUCCAUAGCUAGUGCUAUUCUCCUGGUGAUGCCCUUGAUCAUCAUCCUUUCCUCUUAUGGUGCCAUCACCAGGGCUGUGCUGAGGAUAAAGUCAACUUCAGGGCAGAAGAAGGCAUUUGGCACUUGCACUUCACACCUUCUUGUGGUCUCCCUCUUUUAUGGCACUGUCACAAGUGUCUACCUUCAACCCAAGAAUCGCUAUGCUCAUGAACGGGGCAAGUUUCUCACCCUUUUCUACACUGUAGUGACCCCAAGUCUGAACCCCCUCAUCUACACUCUGAGGAACAAGGAGGUAAAAGGGGCAUUAAUAAGAUUAGGAAGAAGGAUUUGGGAUUCCAAGAGUAAAUAA